AUACCUACAUACCUAGGUAACUAUUCCUUAGUCCUUGGUAGAUGCAUUGUUUUGAAUACAACUUCUUCAAUACUUUAAUUUAAAUUUUAAUCUCGAUUCCAAUUUCAAGAGUAGAAGCGCUCUCCAGUCUCUCCAGUCCCUCCAGUCUCUCCAGUCUCUCCAGUCUCUCCAGUCUCUCCAGUCUCUCCAAUCUCUCCAAUCUCCAGUCUGUCCAGCUUUCCAGCUUUUCUCCUAUAAUAAACUACCAAGGCUUUGUCUGUCCUGCCGUCAUAACACAUCCGGAAUACUCAUGGAUAUUUAACUUUGCUUCUCUUUACCCACUAUUCCAUCAUACAAUUAAGGAGAUCUACGCAUCUUCCCUAGGGAUACCAAACAAAUACAAAUAAAACAACUACCUACUUACUCUUCCUUUUCCCCUCUUCUCCUUCAUCUAUAUUUCAUCUGUUCUCUCUACCAAAUAAAUCCAUCGUUCGGACGACAAUAGGAAUACCGUACAAUACCGUUCAACGCAGAUGACUUUUCCUUAUCGUAAAGGUCAAAGCUGAUUGUACCGUCUUCCCCUCUGUCGACAACCAAAAAGGUAUUCAACUCGUCUUUAUCUGAACCGGCUCGUGUGAUCCAAACCGGGAGUGGAAACUUCACUGUGGCUCAGGCGAAAUAAACCUUACAAUCACAGUUCCCCACGCUUGCCGAGAACCUGCAUAAAUUCACAACAUCCACUCACUCUCAAGAAUUUGGCACAAUCUCAUUCGACUUUAUCUUGGAUAUAGUUCUUACCGCCCCAACUCUCGAUGAAUAGUUGAUUCCUGAUUCUGCAGACAUUGCGACUGCAAAAUGGGUCAUCAGCAAAGUUCUAUGAACCCAUCGCGGGGAGACUCGCAUGGGGAUAGACAUCGACAUUAUGACGCUGGUGCGAGUGGUCCAACGUCUGCAUCUGACCAAGAUCCAUAUGCUUCUCGUAAUGGCAGAGGCGGCAGACGUAAUCUAGUAGCAGCUAUCGUGGGUGGCGGAUCGAAUAAUGAGGUACCAGAGAGGAAGGAAACAGCGGCCGAGCGACAACUGAGAAGACUGGAAAGGGAGAGGAUUGCGAGGAUAGAGGAGCGAGAGAGGAGCAUCAAGGAGGAGCAUGUAGAUGGCGGAUAUUUAGUUACAAUGGGCGUCUACACCGGACCGGAAGAUUUCAACAAGGCAAUAGUGAGACAGUUGAUGGUAUGUUGGAGAUGAUAAUAUUUGGUAACCGGUCAUUAUACUGACAUGCAUAAGAUUGAGCGACGAGUUGCACCAUUUUGGAGAGGCUUAGAUGAUUACGAGGAUGAUUGGACUGAAAAUCAAUUGGUUGCUGCUGGUAGAGGCCUUCCCAUUCCCGCCGCAGAUGAAGUACCUGUCGAAGAUGUCGCCGGGCCUCAUUCUCCCGACUCAGCGAAUGUAUCAAGUUCGAAUCUACAAAAUUUGAUGGUGCCAUUAGCUUCACGAACCCAAUCUGCUUCCUACGACACUUCGCUUAGCCUCUCUCCGUCACACCCGGCAUUCAGUACGCCAUCUUCAGUACCCCCACUCAACGCCCCUACCACUUCCACCUCUCUGCUUCGACCUAGAUCUAAAACGUUGGGCUUGAGAUCCUCAGCCAAAGAACUGCCAGCACCGGAUCCCGCGCCGCGCGAGAUCCAAUUACCCAGAGAUGCCCAAGUAAAUGGUCAGGCUAUUGAGGCUUUCCUGUAUAAGGAUGCUGUAGAAUGUUCGAUAUGCUUGAUUUGGUAUCCCCCGUAUCUUAACAGGACUCGAUGUUGCGAUCAAAGUAUUUGCUCUGAAUGUUUUGUGCAGAUUAAAAGACCGGAACCACACACGCCAGAGCACCACGGUCCACCACCGAUCGCAUCCGAGAAUGCCGAAGAUACAGAAAUGCUAGUUUCAGAACCAGCCGCUUGUCCUUAUUGUCAACGACCUGAGUUUGGCGUCACCUACGAGCCUCCGCCUUUUCGUCGUGGACUUGUCUAUGCUAAACCCUCUCCGGAAGUAGCCAACUUCUCCUCAGCCAUGUCAUCGUCGUCAUCGAUCAACUCACCGCCUAUAACGAGUUCGGGACUCGCACCAAGAGGAGACAGACGCCGGGCUACGUCAUUGUCAGCUAAUGAUUCUCAUGUCAUUACGACAGACCGUAUCAGACCGGACUGGUCAGCAAAGCUUGAAGCCGCCAACCUGCGCAAAGCCAAAAAGAACGCUGCCGCUUCGGCAUUACAUGCAGCCGCAUUUGUGCUUCCGGGUACCUCGGAGAACCGCACUUAUACCUUUGGUCGAAGCCGCUUUGGUAGAAAUAAUCGGAGCGACAACAGCGCUGAAGCGAGCGGAACUGCCACACCUCCAAAUCGCGAUGCCAGCUCCAGGGCUGUUGUAGAGUCAUCUGGUCAUGCGCGCAGGGAGGGUCAAGAUCCCAAUGCUACUCGAAGGAUGAGAAGGGACGACCUAGAAGAAUUAAUGAUGGCUGAGGCCAUUAGACUUAGUAUUGCAGCCGAAGAGGAGCGGAAGAAGAAAGCCGACAAAGAAGCCGCCAAGGAGGCGGCAAAGCAGGCGAAGAAGCAGGCCAAGGAAGAUAAAAAGAAAGAAAAAAAAGAGAGGAAAUCAAUAUAUGGUGCUAACGGGAAUUCGGCCAGCUCGAGUAUGCUGAAUCUAGGAAGCAGCAUAGCUGCCACUUUUACUGGGAGAAGAAGAGGUGAUAGCACCGCAAGCCACUUGGCUAUAGAGGUGACACCUGAAGAAGUUGAAGUGCCUGUACAAGGAAAAGGAAAAGGUGUAGAUCGCCCUUCUUUGGCAAAUCAGGGGAGUUCCACGGAUAAUGGGCUUCCUAGUGGCCAGAAUUCGGAUCCUUCUACAAGCUCAAGUUUGUUGGAAACCCAUCAGUCAAUUCCUUCUCCUGACAAGGUUUCUCAUCUAAGAGAGAUGAGCACCGCUUCUAGUGCCGCAUCUUCAUUAGUUGAGUCUGGAAAUGGUACCAAUGCUCAAGGCUCCUCUACAAGUAUCGAAAAUCCUGGCGCUAAUGGGGCAAGCUCUGAGGGGAACGAAGAUGGUGAUUCAGGAACGGAGUCUAUGUUUAACUUCCAAAGCCUCACAGCCCUGAUUGAAAAGGAGGACGACAAAGAGAAAACGCAUAGUGUAGAUCAUGUCGAAAACGCAUACGAAGCCUCGGAUUCUAGACACGGAAGCCUAGAUGAAAAUGCCUCCCAAGACAUGGAUGUAAGCAUGGAAACUAUACGACCUGCAGAGUCUCCUGCUUGUGUCGGCAAUAUAGAGCGCAACCACUCGAGUAUAACUGGACUCCAGAUGCUAGAUACAGACAUCGACACCAGUAUUAUUACACCGCAGCUCACGAUUACACCAGAGACCCCAGCUGUCAUGAACCCAACGGAGGAGAAUGGAAAACAGCUAGGAUCAAGUUUUGCGAGCAGAACGAAUGCCGAGAUAACUCAGUAGAAAGAUAAAAGGACAAACUGGUAGGGGGUUAGAUAAAUCAAUGAAGAGAUGAUGCAAAUGCAAUGCAUGGAUAAUUAGCGAAGCCGGAUUGACGCAGCGAUGGGUUUCUUUUCUGCAUGCCAACCAGUACACUUCACUUAUAUGCAUGUACGUGGUGACUUUUCUUUCAACCGGCGAGAUUGGGGAUGAAUGGGAUGGAGAUGAAUGCGACGGGUGAUAUAUUACAACUGUUUAUAGGCGUAAUUGGCGGCGGAAUCUUCUCUUGAGGGACCAACAUAGUAUGCUUUUUCAUUGGUGCGGGCGGUCCGAAAUUUAACGGCUUGUAGGUAUGGCUAUGGGACUCGUGGUGUAGGGAGGCUC